AUGAAUUUAGAUACAGGAGAAAGGAACAACAGAACAGAUCCCAAAGACUCAGAACAUCUUCAUAAUGCUACAACGGAAAAACCAGAGAAUAUAUACUCAAAAACCUUCUCUGCUUUUAACUCAGCAAAAAACAAGAUAUUUUCAAGUGAAUCUUCUAUUACGUAUACACUACUAGACGCAGAGAGUCUAAAUUCGACAAAAAAUAAUAGUGAAGAGAAAGUGCAUAUUUUAGCACAAGAUAACCCAAAGGCAUUGCAUCCCCGUGUUACAAUAUAUUUUAAUGUGGAAGAUGCAACCGAAGCAGUUAAAAGGAUAUUUCCACAGAAAUGGACAUAUGUCUCUAUGUCUCUCUCUAAGAUUGAAACCCCAAACCUAGAUACUCUCUUUCAAAUUCUAAACGAAAAUAUUAGUAUAACAAUACAUAACUCAAACGAAGAAGAUAAACAAGUACUUCUUGAUAUUUCCACUGCUGUAAUAAGGUUCCUACUGGAGAAAAAGUGGAAAUGUACUCCUGCUGUUACAACGGAUCAAGUUUGUCCUCGUUGUCCUGAACUUGGCUACUUUAUUUCCUUUGGGUACGAAGAUGUAUUUAAGGGAAAAAGUAUAGGGAAAGUAAUUACUGGUGCAGAGAAAAGAAUCAAUGAGCUGGUUGAAUUUGCCACUAAAAAUAACCUGAACAUGACAAAGCACCUUAAUACCUCGCGUGUCUGCAUCAAUGAAAGCAUAUUCUUGGACUAUUACCGGCCAAAUAUAAAACUUCUAAAUUACCUCAGAAUGAACGUUUUUGCAGAAAAUGAAAAGACGUUUUCUACAGAAGAUCUCUUUAUAAAAGCACCAGAUGGUGAGUACCAUCUGAACCAUGGAGUGAAUCUUCUGGUAAAACAUGCAAAUAUGUACUUUUCUGGUUAUAAAAAUCAUGAAGAUCUGGAGACAUUAUCUCUAACAUUCCAGGAACAAGCUGCAAUGGUGCAUGUCUAUGACCAUAGAACCAAAAUAACUAAUAUUCUUAAGGCAUUUCAUCAAAUUGCAUCUAAAAAGAAAUUAAUAUGCGUGCCUACCUUUGAGUCUAUUCUAGCAAGCAACACUAAGUUUAGUAUUGCCUCUCUGAUAGACUUAGAUAAGUUUAGCAUCAAUCUUGAUAAAAUAGGUGAAAAAGCAGCUAAUGUAAUGAAAGACGCUGAUUUCACAGCAUUGCAGAGGGACUACCUUAAUAAUAAGAUUUUUCAAUAUAUAGACACUGUUUUAGCAGUUAGCUCAAAUAAGAAAAGUAUAAAUAUUCGCAAGAAUAAAUAUAUCUCUAAGAUUGGGGGUAUUGCAAUGGGUGUAGGGCUUGUUUUCUUUACAGCCAUGAAAAUGAAUGGGCUAAAUUCCAUUAAAACCGCUAAUAACUAG